AUGCCAAAUGUUGGGAGACCCUCUCCAGGAUGCAAGACUUGUAGGGACAGGAGAAUCAGGUGUGACCAGAAGCGACCCUCAUGCUCACAAUGUGUUCGCGCAGGCAAAGAGUGCCAUGGAUACCGGGACUUGGUUUCACUGAUGUUCAAGAAUGAAAGUCAUGUCGUGGCGAAGAAGGCAGAAAGGCGCUACGAGGAGCUUGCCAAAUCAAAAGAGCCGGCAACACCUUCGAGACGUGGAGAGCCCGCAAAGAUUAGAAGCAUGCAAAGAAUGUAUCCGGUGCGGAUACCGCCAAAGGCUGAGGUGGUUGUGCAGCCUACGCCAAACGUCGAAGCGCGAGCCCAAGGCUACUUCCUUGCCAACUACGCAGGCACUGCCGACUUCCCUCAAGGAGGCCAGUUCGAUUGGAUCCCUCAGCUCUUAUCUCGACCGGAUGUCGAGGGUACUCUUCGCGAGAGCUUCCGAGCACUAAGUCUAGCUGUCUUCUCCAAUGCAGUGAAGUCUCCUGCCGUUAUGCGAAAAGCGCGCAUUGCAUACGUGUCCGCCUUGGAGGAAACGAACAGAGCGCUCUCCUCGCACGAAACUGCCAUCAAAGAUAGCACAGUAGUGUCCGUCGUUUUACUCGGUAUGUACGAGGGUGCGAUAUACACGGACAAGAGCUCCAUAGCCAGAUGGUCAAAGCACGUCAGCGGCGCUUACACGCUCUUCAUGCUUCGCGGAAAGUCACAGUUCGAGACAGAACUCGGGCGGCAGAUCUUUCUGCAGUCCUACGGCGUUGCGUUAUUUUUCACGCUUGAGUUGGGAACCAGUAUUCCCAGCGGAGGAUUCCUCGAGCUUGGAAAGAAGUUCAUGAUCAGCAUGCUGAACACCAUGCACGCUGUUGUCAAACUCAACCAAGACAAAAGCCAUGAUCCUGUCGAAAUAAUCAACAAGGCUAGGAGACUCAACCAAGAGCUAGACGAGAUCAAGGCUCUCUUACCUGUAGCGUGGCAUCCUAAAAGGGUUCGUCUCACCGCACGUUCGAAUCACUACUGUGGAAAUCUGUACACCCUCUGCCUCCAUCCCGUCAUAACGCAGAUGUGGAAUUACACGAGGUUUCUGGGGAUACAGAUACACGAAAUCAUAAGGAUGAAUCUGGGGAGGGUGUAUGAGGAACAUCCGCCACUACGUUUCGAUGCUGCUUCUCUAAAAUUAUGCAUACAACACGAGGAGGAUAUGCUACGGGCCAACGUUGCGGCAAUCAUUGCUGCAGUACCCCAGACCACGGGUAUGGUACAAUCACCUACAUCUUUCGCAGUCGAUUUAACGUCCGAGGAGGACGAAGCUGUCAUAAGAGACCCGGGUACCUUUAUUAAUUCAGUCGUUUCGCCGAGGUUGAUGCAACUCAUACAGCCACUGUAUGCCGUGGCUUUCGAUUCUGACCUCCGAAGGCGAGCCAAGAAAGGACUGGAAGGUAGCGAUAUCAGGCUGAAAUACUGCGCAGUCUCGGAAGACGAGUACAGCCCGGGUGGUAGUCCAAAGAAGUUCUUUCAUCUUGAGGACGAUAUCACGGUAGCGAUGGGUGGAAAGCUAAGAAGGCCCGAGUGUACGUGUGGCGCCAAUGAGAAGGGUCUCGCGUGUAAGCAUAUUUAUUGGGUCGGAGAUCAGAUCAUCUCAACUUCUCCAGAUGACAUGGUGAAGACACCUCUUCACCUUUCACCCGACGGAUCGAAGAUCGAAGACGUGAAGCCCGCGGAAAUACUAGACUCCAAAGGCUUAGCCAACAUCGCCAACGACCUGAAGUGGGUUUACCGAGACGACGACCUACCUGAAGACGACGACGACUUGAGGGAGACAGUCAUCGAUAUGUUCUCAUGCUUUGAGCCCCAAGAUGCGCUUCCUGGAGAGUUUCGAUAUCCUGAAUCUCCCUUGACCUCGGAACGAUCAAAGAAGUAUCAAGAGCUCACAGAUCUCUUCACACAGUACGCGAGUAGGGACCCCAGCUUGUACCUUCAAAUGCGCAAGAUCAUCGACACAGACUUUGAAAGCCGUGUCUUCUUCGAGAAGAUCGACAAGCGCAUCGCGUUGACUUUCGACGCUUUGGACGAGUACAUAGCCAAAGGGCCUAAAACUCUCUCUGAAGGCCCACCGCGGUUCGAUGUUUCCAGUUGCGCAGAGAAAUUGACGUCGCUAGUGAGAGCCAUUGACGACUUCUACCAUCGCCAAGCUGACGUCGAGGAUGUGGCUGCACGAUCAGCGGCUGCUCUUGUCACGAUUCUUGACCGCGUCACAGAUCGCAAUGUGAAUGCAUAUGAAGGUAUCCAAUGGAGUGGAAUGGAAGCUCUAUCAGACCCUGUCCAAAGCAACCUGUACGUUGCACUGAUUGGAGCACAACCAGAUGAAGAUCAUCAGUUCGUUCUCGACACGCUCGGGUCUUUACCACAGGAAGACGUAUAUCGUAACCAUUGGACAGUGUUACAGGAUAUCGAACACAAGCUGACUGAGGCUCAUGCGCCUGCUUAUUACAUGACCUCUUUCCGCAAUAUCGUCUACGAGAGUCGCAAGAGACCGGGGUCGGCGGUACGCGAACGAGAGCCGAAGCGGGCGAUGCAGUGA